GCGUGCAAAGGCGCCAAGAGGGACGGAAACCACAAAUAAAUAGCGGCGGCGGCAGCGCGUCAUCUGGCGGAGCAGGAAGUGCAAGCAGAGUCCAGAGGCUGGUGCUUGCUGCGCGUCCCCAGGACUUUGCCAUGGGCUGGGGGCCGCGGCGGCUGGGAGCGACCGGGCGAGGGCAGCGCAGGCUGCGUCCGCACCGGGGCUGAGCGAGCAGCGACGUGCGGGGCCGCGGAGAUGGCAGCGUCCAGCAACUCCAGCCUGUCCGGCUCCUCCGUGUCCUCCGAUGCUGAAGAAUACCAGCCUCCAAUAUGGAAAUCGUACCUGUAUCAGUUACAGCAAGAGGCCCCUCGUCCCAAGAGGAUCAUUUGUCCGGGGGAGGUGGAAAACAGACCAAAAUAUUAUGGAAGAGAGUUCCACGGGAUCAUCUCCCGGGAGCAGGCUGACGCGCUCCUGGGCGGCGUGGAGGGCGCCUACAUCCUGAGAGAGAGCCAGCGCCAGCCGGGAUGCUACACGCUGGCCCUGAGGUUUGGAAACCAGACCUUAAACUACAGGCUCUUCUACGAUGGGAAACACUUCGUGGGCGAGAAGAGGUUCGAGUCGAUUCACGACCUCGUCACAGAUGGCUUGAUCACUCUGUACAUAGAAACGAAAGCCUCUGAGUACAUUUCCAAAAUGACCACAAACCCCAUCUACGAACACAUCGGCUAUGCCACUCUGCUCAGAGAAAAGGUGUCCAGGAGGCUGAGCAGGUCUAAAAACGAGUCAAGGAAGACAAGCGUCACGAGCGAAGAACAUACCACAGUUGAAAAGAUCUCUUCCCUGGUCAGGAGGGCCGCCCUCACGCACAACGACAACCACUGCAACUAUGAGAAGACGCACAACUUCAAGGUGCACACAUUCCGAGGCCCGCACUGGUGUGAAUACUGUGCCAACUUCAUGUGGGGACUCAUCGCCCAGGGGGUCCGGUGCUCAGACUGCGGGUUGAACGUACACAAACAGUGUUCCAAGCACGUUCCCAAUGACUGUCAGCCUGAUCUCAAGAGGAUCAAGAAGGUGUACUGCUGUGACCUCACAACCCUGGUGAAGGCUCACAACACGCAGAGGCCCAUGGUGGUGGACAUAUGCAUCCGGGAAAUCGAAGCAAGAGGAUUAAAGUCGGAAGGUCUCUACAGAGUCUCCGGGUUCACCGAACACAUCGAAGAUGUCAAAAUGGCAUUUGAUAGAGAUGGUGAAAAGGUAGACAUAUCGGCCAACAUCUAUCCAGACAUAAACAUCAUCACUGGAGCCCUUAAACUGUAUUUCAGAGACUUACCCAUUCCCGUCAUCACUUAUGAUACCUAUUCCAAAUUUAUAGAAGCAGCAAAAAUCUCCAAUGCAGACGAGCGGCUGGAAGCGGUCCAUGAAGUGUUGAUGCUGCUGCCUCCUGCCCACUAUGAGACCCUCCGGUACCUGAUGAUCCACCUCAAGAAGGUGACUAUGAAUGAAAAGGACAAUUUCAUGAACGCCGAGAACCUGGGGAUCGUGUUUGGGCCCACCCUGAUGAGGCCCCCCGAGGACAGCAUGCUCACCACCCUCCACGACAUGCGGUACCAAAAGCUGAUUGUGCAGAUUUUAAUAGAAAACGAAGAUGUGUUGUUUUAAUCCACCAGGGAAAUUAGCUGAAUGGCCCCAGUCCCAUGGAAGGUCACAGGCUAAAUGAAUAAAAACUCUUCUUACACUUGAUUUGUUUUCCAAACAAGUGACAGAAUUUCCUGGAUCGCAGUGGAUGGCCACGUUGGCUACUGUGUCUCAUAGACACUUGCCGCCACCUCUGGGAGAACAGCAAGGGUGAGGGUGAGAGAUGCCCUCCCCUGGGGUCUUUGCUGUGCCUCGUAUAGAUAAGUCUGUUUUGCUGGAAGAGUGAUUAAUAAAUCUUUAACUUAUUAAAAGCCAAUGUAGACCUUUAAACUUCAGUCUUAUCAGUAAUAAAAGGGAACUUCAUUCAUAGAGGUACUUGAUACAGUUAUACAUUUUCCACUCACAAAAAGAAGACAAUUCUAUAUGUUAAAUGUUAAAUGAAACUUAUAUUGUAAAAUGUAUUUUUAUUUUAGCUGCAAGAAUGUUACUUUAUUUUAGCAAAUAGAACUCAAUGCAGUGCAUUGAUUAUUACCCUGUGUACCUUGUCCUGCCUUCUUGCUGUGAUCCCUGGAAAAGUUUACCAUGAAUGCAGUAUUAUCUUGACAUACCUCUGUCCUUAUCAGUGCUUUCCAGUGAAAUUUCACCUGCCAC